AUGACCCUACUUGAGCAGGGCGCUGGGACCAGAUACCCGCUCCGUGUUCGCUUCCAACCCGACCCGUUCGCGCCCAGCCCAGCCCAGCCCGCCCCGAGCCUGCUCCGCCGCCCCACACCGCUGCGGGGCUCGGCGGGCCGGGGUCCGGCUGCCGUGAGGGGCCGGCCCGGGGCUCCCUCCGGCUCCCCCCGGGCGGGGCAGGGCGGGGGCGGCCCCAGCGCCGCGCUCCCCCCGCGGUCCCCGGCGCGCUGCAAGAUGGCGGCGGGAGCCGAGCGCGGCGCGGCGCUGCCCGCGGAGCCGCCGCCGCUGAGCGCCGAGGAGGUGGCGAGGCGGCUGGCGAGCACUCGCCGCGAGCUGGGCAACCGCCGCAAGAUCCUGCUGCGGAACCUGCCGGCCGAGAGCAGCAGCCAGGAAAUCCACGACUUGUUUAAAGAUUAUGAAAUCAAAUAUUGUUAUGUGGACAGGAAUAAAAGAACAGCAUUUGUCACCCUGCUGAACGGGGAGCAGGCCCAGAGCGCCAUCAGGAAAUUCCACCAGCAUUCCCUGCGUGGCAAGGAGAUCUCAGUGCAGCUGCAGCCCACAGAUGCUCUGCUGUGCAUCACCAACCUGCCCCUUUCCCUCAGCAUCGAGGAGUUUGAGGAACUGGUGCGUGCCUAUGGCAAUGUGGAGAGAUGUUUCCUGGUGUACAGCGAGCUCACCGGCCUCUCCAAGGGCUAUGGCUUCGUGGAGUACAUGAAGAAGGACUCUGCUGCCAAGGCCAGGCUGGAGCUCCUGGGCAAGCAGCUGGAGGACAGCACUCUGUUUGCACAGUGGAUGGAUGUGAACCAGCUGACCACAAACCUCAUUCACUCCAAGUGCCUUUGUGUGGAUAAAUUACAAAAAGACUGCGCUGAUUCGAAAGAGCUGAUCCAGGCUUUCUCCCUCAAGUACAAACCUGUGUUCUGCCAGUUUGCCCAGGAUGAGGAUGGUGGCAGCGGGGACUUUGCCGUGGUGGAGUACGAGAGCGCCGAGCAGGCGGAGAGCGUGCGAGGGGCCAUGGACGGGGUGACCAUCAAUGGCAGGAGGGUCCAGGUGUCCUUCUGUGCCCCUGGAGCACCAGGCAGGAGCACCCUGGCAGCUCUGAUAGCAGCACAAAGGAUGAUGAGGAACAAUAGGAAAGGUUUGCUUCCAGAGCCAAAUCCAGUGCAGAUCAUGAAAAGUUUUAAUAAUCCAGCAAUGCUGCAGAUGCUGCUGCAGCCCCAGCUGCGUGGCCACCCUGUUAAACCUGUUCUUGGAGCAUCUGCAGGUUUACCUCACCUCAUAAAUUCAGCAGUUGGGCCACCUUUUCUGCAGUUGAAUAAAGUUCAUCAGAGCUCCAUCCUGGGGAACAGCUCCAGCCUGCUGCUGCAGAGCCCUGCUCACCUGCCCCUGCCCCAGCAGCAGCUGCUGAAGAUGGAGAACAUGCAGGCAAACAGUAAACCAGGUUUGCUGGGAGAGCCCCCAACAAUGCUGCUGCAGACAGUGCUGGGCAUUGGGGUGAUGCCAGCAGUCAGCUCAGGCCUGGCACCUCGAGGAGAAGCUCUCAAGUCAGCAGCAGCAGCAGCAGGGAUGGGAGUGCUGCCGUUCUUCCCGAGCCAGCCCCUGCUCGGACCCGCUGUGCCCGGGCCCAGCGCUGCGGACAAAGGCGAGGCCGUGCCGGGAGCGCCGCCCUUCCCUGCCAGCGCCGGGGCUCUGCGGGCAGCGCUCGGCAAAACCCCGGGCCACGGCAAGAGCUGCGACUCCAGCCUGGGGACUCCCUUGAAAAAACAAACUUCUCUGCUUGGGGAGCCCCCAAAAGAAAUUCGGCUGAGCACCAACCCCUACUUGAAUCUGGCAAGUGUUUUGCCUGGUAUCUGUCUGCCAGCAGCAAUUGCCAGCAAAGCCUCCAGUCCUCCACAGCAGACCAGCCUUCCAAACAAUGUCAUGGAUGCUGCUGUGUCUCAGGGAACUGCAUCACAACAUGCAAUGGAAAAUUAUUUCAGUUAUUCCCAGCAGCCUGGGGAAUACCCACAGGCCCCCAAGCGCAGCUCCUCGUACCUGGUGUCGUCCCCCGAGCCCGGCCCCGCGGAGCUGCCGGCGCCGCGCUACUCGGAGUCGUCGCUGAAGAAGAAGCGCGUGUACUGAGCCAGCCCAGCGCUGCUGGAGCCCCUGUGGCCCAGGGAAGGCAGCUGGGAACCCCUCUGUAUUUAUUGCUGCCUUAACUUCAGCCAAGGAGUUCUUUCUGCACGGGGUGAGUGUCCCAAGAGGAGCCAGCUCUGUCCCGGCACAUCAAGGACACGGGUGUGACAGGAGAGGAGGGGACAGCGUUGGCUUUGGCACCUGAGGGACAGAGCACAAGGACUUGGGGAGCUGGGGCAGCUCCAGCUGAAAGCAAUAAAAACCCAGAGGAAAGAAAGCUGAUCCUUUCUCCAGUCCUCAGCCUGAGGAAGUUAAAAGAGGAAGUCCUGACAGUAAUUAUUUUGUAUUUUUUUAACUCCGAAUGUGGGAGGGUUUUUUUUUCCCAACUUUUCCUUUUUCCAGGAUUAAGAGCUCUGCAUUUACAGCCUUUCAAUUUUUAAUAUUUCUCCUUAAUCCUGGAAUGGAGUGAUACCAAAUGGAUUCCCAGAGCCUGGGUGAUGUUCUCAAUAAAUGCCUGUUCAAAGGGAGAUGCUGUCCUGUGCUGCCUCAGAAUAUUCCCUGGGAUUGGAGAGCUGACCCUUGCACAGUGGAAUCACUUUGUUUCUAGGCUGAGAAUCCACAGCUUUUCCAUGGAGGAAGUCAUUCCCAGUGUGAGGCAGCAUCAUCCUUCCACAGGUGUGGGACAGCUCCCCUGGGCUACCCCACAUUGUUUUGUUUCCCACUUUUGAGUGUAUUUUCUUUUUUUUUUUUUUUUAAAGACUUUUUGUAUUUUUAGCUUUUUAGCAGCUCUGGCUCGAGUUGUUCUGUUCUGCCAUCAGCCCUUGGAGCUGGAGAUCAGCAAUCCUUCCUUUUGCCAUCAGUGGCAGGAGAAGGAGGAGCCAGCCCUCAUUGCAAGGCUCUGGAAUUCCAAUUCCUUGGAAUCCUGCUGCAAAUCCACUUGGAUUGAGUUCACUGAGGCCAGGAGCCACCUCCUUCUCCCUUUUCUUUGCUAGAAAACACUGAAGCCAUUUUUCAAUACUGAUUUUUUUUAAAUUAAAAGUCUUAAACUUUGCCUUUCAAGCUUUGGGAUGUGACCAGGAUCUGCAUUUUCAAAGCUUAAAAAAAUCCCAAUCCAAAUCCCUCUUCCCUCAGCUGCUGGAACUGCUCCACACCAGGAGCUUUUCUGGGAUUCUGCCUGUAUGUAUUGAUAAAUUCACUUGUAAUAUUUUGUUUCAACUGUUUGUAUAUGCAACUUUCUCAACUUGUUACACUUUUCAAUGAAAAUAAACUGUUGGUACUUA